AUGGAAUUGAUUUAAGAAAUUACAUUACUAAAAGAAUCCUUCUUGGAAUUUAUUACCAAAGUAACUCCUGUGUUUACAGAACCCAUAUUGGAAUAAUUCAACUCUAAAUGGAAUCCUUUGAAAAAGCUAUUAAGUGAUCCUUCUAAAAGUGCAAGUGAUGUUUUCAUUUUGGUUUCCUCGAUGUCUUCAUUAAAAAGAAGCAACACUUCUUCUACCUCUGCUACUUCACCAAAUUCUGAUUGCAGUAUUUAGAAAACACAAACAACCGACAAUUCAGUAAAGAAAAGCAAUGAACUUCCAGAGUAGAAGGAGAUAACAAAAGUGAAAGAGUAAGCCAAUCCUUUGUUGUAUAAAGAACUCAAAAUAGAAAUAAAUAAGAACUUUUUUCUCAACACGCCGAGAUCAAGACCUACUUCAUAAUAGGAUAUAGGGAGUAAUGGAGAAAAAUUGUAUGAGGAGGACAUUAAAGCCAAAAUAUUGAGAGAUGACAUUAAAUUCUUAAAUCAAUUGAGGGUAGUCACUCCCGAAAAGAAGAUUAGUGUUACUAUUAGAUGCAAUCUCGGAUUGAAAUUGUCAGAAGCUAUUAGCCAAUUCAGAAAAGAUAACUUCACUUUGAAAACUGUUCAUGAAAGGAGCUGCGAAGUAACAACCCCACAAAGUCCAAAAAAGGAUCGUUCAGAAUCUCCACUUUUACUGGUCUAAAGACCAAAGAAUUAAUAUUUCUAAUAACCAGUUUUUAUACAGCAGUAAUAGGCUGGAGCUUUGAAAGGAUAUAGUAUCUACUCAAAAAAAGGAUACAUACAACCAAUACAAUUUGAUGUGCAAUUUUAGAUGAUGAUGUAACAGUACUAGAAUAAUAUGAUCUAUAAGAAACUAUAUUUUUGA